ACCUAAUCUCCAAUUAUCCUAAAAUGUGUCUCUACCCCAUAAAACUACUGAAUGAAUUUUUCUUGACCAAUAUUUUGCCGCUAACAUAGUGAAUAAUUUGUUAUAACUUGUAGAUUGCCACAGAUAUUUUGAAUUUUUAGUGCACACUUUUAAAUUAUCAUCUAGGAUGUCGCUUAACACCGCAUAUGCAAGUACAAUACCAGCAGUAUUCAAAAUCGUGGAGAUGAUUAUUGACCUUAUACUCAUCAUUUUGGUUGCCGUGUCUUCUGUAUAUACUAUUCCUGGACCUGGAGGGUGGUUAUUUUUUGUAGCGAUAUUAACCAUGCUGGUUUCUCUGUUCUUCUACCUUAUUCACCUUACAAAUGCAAUUUAUAAGUUCGCAGGUCCAAUGACACUUGUGGAAUUCAUUUGCAUAACAAUAUGUUCAGUCUUUCAUCUUAUUGCGAUGAUCGUCGCCGCAGCUACAGUAUCCGGUGUUCCAAGUGCUAUAGCAUCUGCUUGAUUCAUAGAGAAGAAACCAUCUCAGAAUGUGGGAAGGACACGUUAUUGUCUAAUAAAUUCGAGAAUCAUCCCUCUUCGAAUCUCCUAAUAACCUUUCAGUUUAAUUCUCCAAAAUUUAUAAGAUUUAUGUGCGAAACUUGUUUUCAAUUACUGCUAAUCAAACUACCUUAAAAACUGCUUAUAUGCAGUUAGCCUGUGAUGAUUUACAAAGAUUAACAUACUCAUUUACCCUAUGAUUAAAGUCGAAUUAUUAACACCUCGACUCGGUAGUUGAGUUAGUGGAUUCUUUGACAGUUAAUCCAGAGUUUACUGCUUCUAGUUGCACUUCAAUGCAGGUCUGACUUUCAGUUAUAUGAUCGUCUCCUCAUUUCACUGUGUCACACAAUUUUAGUUAUUGUUUAAAAGGAACUUUCUACUAUAUUAAAACGAUCAGGUGAACCACAUUUACUCUUUUUUUAGCCAAUAUCUACCUAUCUGUAUUGUGUUUAAGUGAAGAAUUCCUUGCGAUAAUGUAUAUACUAACACUUCAUUUUAAUGGUCUCUUCAUAAUUUUCAACUCAAUUAAUAUUAGCUCGAAAAAAGACACACAAAAUAAUGAAGUCUUAAUGAUUUGUUUAUUUGACGUCUACUGAUGUGUCACUUACGACAGAGAGGUGUGAACGC